AUGCUAAUUAUUCAUUAUAAAUGUUUCUCUCCAGAUAAAACUCUAUUAGCAUCAGGUAAUGCUGAUAAGUCAAUCCAUUUAUGGGAUGUUAAGACUGGAUAAUAAAAAGCCAAAUUAGAUGGUCAUAGUGAUUAUGUCCGAUCAGUAUGCUUCUCACCAGAUGGAACUACUUUAGCAUCAGGUAGUGUUGAUAAGUCAAUCCGUUUAUGGGAUGUGAAAACAGAAUAAUAAAUUUAACUUACAGAAAAAAAAUAUCAAGAUUUUCUUGCAUAGUUUAAGUUUCCUUAUCCAUUUCCAAAAGGUAUUUUUCAUCAUUUUAUUUUUAGUAACUUCUCUUAUCAAUAUUCUUUUUAUAUCUUAAUAAGCCAUAUUUUAAGCAAAGGGUGCUCUUAUUCUUUAAGGACAAUUUGAAGAUCAAUCAGGAAUCAAUUUAAAAUUAUUAUUUAAAUAAAAAGGGAGUUAUAUUUUGGAAAAUAAUUUUAAAUAAGAAGUUGAAGAUACUGAGGAAGAUGAAGAAGAUGGGAAGGAUUGGUUCUGA